UUCAUUUUUUGUUUCUUUAUUUCGUGUUCGUCAGUUUUCACUUUUCCGCCAUGUAAAUUUGUAAACCCAAGCAGUGCUCUCGGUGUGUCAGUCUUUUUUCAUAAUUCUUUUCUUCUCAUUUUUCAUGAAAAGCAUAAAAUAGCAAAAAUAAAAUAAAAAAUGGAGGAACAAUUGCUCAAACGCAACACCGAUUGCGUUUAUUUCUUAGCAUCUCCUUUCACUUGCAAGAAGGGACUAGAUUGCGAGUACCGGCAUAGUGAAGUUGCCAGGCUCAACCCGAGGGACUGCUGGUAUUGGUUGGCUGGGAAUUGUAUUAAUCCGACUUGUGGUUUUCGGCAUCCUCCAUUGGAUGUGCAUUCUCAAGUUCCAUCUGAAUCUGCUGCAUUGCCAUACCAAUGUUCUACAGCAGCGAACAAGACAAAUUUGCCUUGUUACUUUUACUUCAACGGUUUCUGCAAUAAAGGUGACAGAUGCUCUUUUCUGCAUGGCCCUGAUGAGAGUACUAUUACUGUAAAUUCUUUAAAAACUGGUGCUCUUCCCUUGGACCAUAAGACAUUCGUCGAAAAUGAUGUUGGAGCAGUUCAGACAGAAACACAUCCCAAUCCUUCUAAAACUGCCCCAAAUUCUAUCAAGGACACCGGUGUGCAGCUUAAAACGGACCUCGAAGAACCAGUGCCCAAAACUAUGAUAAAGAGGAGUGUCUCUCCAAAAACAUCUGUUUUUGAAUUAGAACAAGCUGGUUUUGUUAGUUCACAGUCCUUGCUUCUAAAAGAAGGCAUCACUCAAACCGGAUCUCCGAUCUGCACAGAUGAAAGUUUGGAGGAGCAAUUGGAUGACCCCUUUGAGCCAGAGGAGCCAGAGGAGAGGUGGGAGUCCUCCGAAGGUUUCGAUGUUCUCGUGGAUAACAAAUCAGAGGAUUUGGAUUAUGGGAAUGAUUCGGAAUAUCAGAAGGACCCUGAAGAGGAGCAGACAGAUUACUUCUUUAGUUAUGAUUAUGAAGAUUCAGUUCAGCAUGAGACCAGGUACCCGGAUUUAGAAUUUUCGUAUGAUCGAGAUGUGUAUGAUGCUUAUGAGGGUUCAGACAAUGAGUAUAUUUUCAAUAAUCCAAGGAAUCCUUUUGCCCACCCCGGAGAUAAAAGAAGGCUGGAUUCCAUGUUUUCCCAAAAGAGAAGGAGACUCUUGCCCAUCAAACGGUCAAUUGAUGUGGAUCUUAGAGACUAUUUGAGUAAACGCAGGGUAGUCAAGGGCAAUCCUCUCAAGUGUUUGUCGAGGUCUGAAUAUUCUCAUCUGAUCAGUCGUAGUCUGGAAAGGCCACGAAGGCGUAGUAUGGGUCGGAAAUUAAGUGGAAGACUGGCAUCAAAAGUGGGGAAGCAUUAUAUUGAAUCAACAGGAGGCCAAGGUGGUUUUGGCAAUGGUACCAACCGGCGUGGCUGGCUCAAGCACUUGGAGCCUAACCGCUCCAUCAGGCGGCCUUAUAGGGAAAAAAGGCUGCCUAAGCGGAAGUCUGUUUCAUCUGAGGUUUCUAGAAAUCUGAUUUCAAGGGAGAGGAAAUACGAAGAUGCAUCUACUGCUUUUACAGGUCCCAAGACCCUCGCCCAGAUUAGAGAAGAGAAGAGGAAAACUGAAGAAAACGGCGGGAAAAUGAGGCAUUCAAUUGUAACUGCAUCAGCAGACUUCCAGGGUCCAAAACCAUUGAGUGAAAUCCUCAAGGACAAGGAGCGGCUAGCCAAGAAAGGAACAAAUUUCUUAAGUUGAUUCAAAUUAAGGACCUUAGCUCUUUCCAUUCUUACCAAAAAAAAGAAGAAGAAAAAAGUUACCUUUAGAUCUUAGAUUCAACCUCUUGCCAUAUUCUCUGAAGUUUCAAAAAUGUUGGUCCCAACAUUUUUCUCUUAUUACCGAUAAAGACGAGGAAAACUUGAAGGAGUCAACCUACAGGAUGGUAUGAAGUGUUGGAGUCUUUUGAUAUUUCUUCUAUCGGAUACCCCUGACCAUAGGGAAUGGAACUUAACCCCAGAAACAGGCAAGUUGUUAGCAUAUCCUUUGUAGACUUUCAUUACCCGGAAGUUCAUCCUGGUUUCUUGUAUAGAGUUUUCUAUGAAUAUUCAGGAUACAAUAUUUUCUUGCAUAUCAUUUUGAGAAGUACAUUAAAAAUUACCUUUUCUCUGCGUAUAA